AUGUCUGUCUCAGCACAACUUGGUACUUCUGCCUAUACCAAUUCGUUCAAAAAAAUCAGCGGUCCUGUAGUGGAACGAGAUGGUUUAAUUCAAGUUCCCGAACAAGACGUCAGUAAGAUCAAGUAUAUAGAGUACCUUCCAACAUGGACUAAGGAGGAAAAGUAUAUUCCCUUGAAGUUUUUUAAACAUGUUGAUCCUGGUUCCCGAGCAGAUCCUGAAUUCGGUCUGUUGUUUCCUAAAUCUGGAAGCUCUAUUAGAAAGCCGAUCACUCCAAAAUUCGGAACAACUGUGGAAAAUGUUCAAUUGUCUCAAUUAGAUGCCAAGGGAAAGGAUGAAUUGGCCCUUCUUGUUGCCCAAAGAGGUGUUGUUGUGUUUAAGAACCAAGAUUUGGCUGAAAAAGGUCCACGCUUUGCAGUUGAAUAUGGUAAGCAUUUUGGUCCCUUACACAUUCAUCCAACAUCUGGUGCUCCUCCAAACGCACCAGAAUUGCACACUGUUUACAGAACACCCAAAGUGGAAAACUUAUUCGAACAUAGCGUAAAUUUGUUAGGCUGGCACUCCGAUGUUACAUAUGAAAUGCAGCCAGCUGGUACAACUUUCUUUUCUGUAAUUCAAGGUCCUGAGGCAGGAGGUGAUACUUUGUUUGCCAACACCGCAGAGGCCUACGAAAGAUUGUCUCCUGCUUGGCAAGAGUUCUUGGGAGGAUUGUCUGCUGUACAUUCUGCUAUACAACAAGCAUCAGCUUCAAAGAACGAAAUAGGAAUAGUCAAAAGGGAUGCAGUGGAAAACAUUCAUCCUAUUAUCAGAACCCACCCAGUUACUGGUAAGAAGUCUAUUUUUGUGAAUUCCGGUUUCACCCGGUCAAUUGUUGGCUUGAAGAGUGAAGAGUCUGCUACAAUUUUGAACUUUUUGUUUGACUUGAUUGGGAACUCCCAUGAUUUACAGUUAAGAGUCAAGUGGGAGCCCAAUACUGUUGUCAUUUGGGACAACAGAGUUACAAAUCACACUGCCAUCUUUGAUUGGGAUUCUUCAGAACCAAGAUUGGCUUUCAGAAUUACUCCUCAGGCAGAAAGACCUGUGAAUAAUUUAGUUGACUUGAAUAAGGAAGAUACUAAUAAAGUAUACAAAGGUCAACUCUAG